AUGGAAGAACAAGAAGAUCUCUAUGUCGUUGAAUCGAUUUUGGAUAAGAAAUUCUCCACUGCUCAAAACUGCUGGACUUAUCUAGUCAAAUGGCAAGGAUAUAACAAAGAAGAUAGCACUUGGGAGCCAGAGGAAAACUUAGUCUAUAUUCCAAAAAUUCUCAGCGCGUUUAAUAAAGAGUAUGAAGCUAAAAUCGCUAGGGAAAAGAAAAAGAAGCAAAAAAAGCUUGAUAACUUACUCCUAUCCCUAUUUAAUAGCAAGUACUAUAUACAUAAAAUGGCGUAUGGCGACCGACCCUCUCAGUCGUGGUUACCCAUGUAUAUCCGGGCAUGGUUUUUGGAGCCAGGAGUUGGCCCAGCAACGUUUGGGACCUCGAAGCGAGAGGUCUAAGCACAGAGACCGCUGUUUUUGUGACCGAACCCAUGGGCAGUUACUCGUGACUUCUUUUUGCCAGCAGCGCUCAGCCCAGUGAGUGCCCGAAAUGAGGCAGGGCGAAUUACCUGCCUAAGCUGCUUUUGUGGCUCGCCCCGAAUGGCGAAAGCUCUUGAAUUCUUUCUUGGGAUGACCGGAAAAGAGGGGAAGGCGAGUUAGACAUCUAAACGGGAGUCUCUCCAGUUAAAAGGUGCCCUUCAAUGGGCAGAUCUGGCGGACGACGCGGCAGUGUUGGCGUAAACUUAGGCGACGAUCCAAGUUGGAAAUGGAGGCGGUCAGCAAAGACGGUAUGACACGUCCCUUGACUUUCACCUCUACCGAGAAACCAUGUUUCGGCCCGGGCUUGGUGAACGCUCUGCCACCAUACGGGAAACCGUAGAAUGCUUCCUCGGACGAAGCAGGGACUUAAAAUACCCAGCGUAAUCUUAAUCUUAAUCUUAAUAGCAAGUACUUUAUUAGCUUAUCAUUAAUAGGGUAAAUUUGUAAACAAUAUCUUUAAUAAAAUAUUUUUAUUAAAAGCGUUAAAAUGUAUAUCCCUUGUGCUUUUUGGGCACAAGUAAACUGUCCAUACAGAUGGGCCAGUUUCGUAUCCCAGAAUUGGGAAAAAACGAAACUGGCUCAGUAUGGGUAGUAUGCUUGUGCCCAAAAAGGCACAAGGGACUAUAUUAAUAGAAUUAGCUGAGAUUUAACUUAUAAAUGAUUUUUGUUAGUUUUUUAUCCGUGAAGUAUUCCUGACUGUUGGAAUGUCUUCUGGAAUGCCUGCUAGACAAGAUGGCUACUGACGUCACCAAUCAACGAUUUUAAAAGGGUGGGCAAUGCAUGCCUAAAUUUUUCUGCUGAAGUAAGAAUACACUUUAAAAUCUAAAUAAUAAGUAGGGUUGAAUUUUUAUAAAUAUUUUAAAAAAUUAUCCAUAAAAUAUUUUGAUUUAUCAAAGAAUUAAUGAGUAAAGCAGAAUAAAUCAAUAUUUCAUUUAGAAGUGGUCAAAUAUAUUAUUAGCCAUUUAAUUGAACUAAAAAUUCAUAAAGAUAAAAAAUUAUAUUAAUGUUCAUUAUUAAAGUUUCUAACUCCCCAUCCUUAAUUGAAAUGAUCUGCAUCGUUUAACAAGAAUGGGGUUUAAAAUAUUUUGGAAAAAAAAUAUUUUUUGAUAGCCCCGUAAUUGCUAUACAUCAGUGUUUCCAUAUAAAAGAUUUUCUCACUAAAUUAGCAUAGGUAUUGCAAUAUAUUAUCAAAUGUGCUAAAAGUCGCAUUUAAAAUGCUUACUCCCCUGCCCGCCGUGAGCGAGCAAAACAAUUGGAAAAAAUCCCUAUUUUUUUGGCCAAAAACCCACCCUCCAUGAGCGAACAAAAAUUUUUGAUAUAUAAGUGAUAAUUAUGAACAAAAGUUUUAGCUAAUUCUGUUGACCUUUAAAAAGUUUGCAUUUUAAAACUUAAAUUUUGAAAUUAAAUUAAAGUUUAAAAAUAACAUUUUACUAUAAAAAUUAUAUUUAUUUUUUUCAAAGAAGUAACCCCUCCGUGAGCUGUUCGCUCUCGGAGGAGGGGGAGUUAGAAUUAUUUAUAGUGUGAAAUAUCUCUAAAAUUAAUUAUUAUAAAAAAUAGGUAGUUAGGUUUAAGGUAGGGCGGGGAAUCGGAUUUAUACUUGCUAAUAUGAAAAUAAUCCUAUUUAGCAAAUUUUCGAUGCUUGAUAAGAAUUGGAAUGGGAGUAAGGCGCGAAAAAAGCUGACGAUUUUGUUCUCUAUUGAAUGGAGGUUUAGCAGAAAAGCAAAAAAGCACUCAAAAAUUAAAGUCUGAGAUAGUCGCUCAUACUUCAAAAGAAGCACAUAAAGCUAUGAAAACCUUAGAUAAAAUUGACAAAGAAGAUGUUCCAGUAAAGAAGCAAAAAGUAGAGAGUACCCCUCAAGCAAGUGUAAGAGAAGCUCCAAAUCCCCCUAAAACUUACACAAACAUAAAAGAAACCCCUAGCCCUCAAAACCCACCAAAAACUCCUACAAACUCAAAUUACACUUAUAAUAAAAUCCAAAAUGGCCUAGCAAAGCCACCGCCAAAAGUCUAUUCAAGGCCCACAAAUAAUAUUGCUUCUGCUUUUAAAUCAUCUUUAGAAGAAAAAUCUCAAGAAAAUGAAAUGGAUAUAGAUGAAGAUCAUACAAAUAGCUCUAAAAUAAUCGAUGAUCCAAUCAACAAUCGAGAUACAAUUCAUGAAGCAGAUGAAGGUGGCAAUGAAGAGAGCAUCCCAGAGUUUAACUUCUUGAAAAAUAUUCAGAGAAGAAAAGGAGAUUUAAAAUUAGACCAGCCAGCGAAAAUAAUAGGUAAUGUUUUAAUUAAUUUUUUAUAUGAUUUUCUUCAAGUCCAUUAUUAAUUAAAAUAAUUUAUUGUAAAUUUUUUUAAAUAAAAUUUUAAAUUGGGAAAUUGAGAAUUCCGAAAAUAUUAGGAUGUAGACAAGAAAAAAGCUCUAUUUGAUAUGCUGUUAUGUUUAAAAAAAGAAGAGAUGGGUCAAUUCCUUCUCCUAAUGUCUACACCCAUGAAGAGCUGGUAAAACAAGUUCCUUAUUUGCUCAGUGAAUAUUUGAUUGAUAAAGCUACUGUUUUAAAUUUAACGUAG